AUGACGUUUCGCGAGAGGUUAUCUCGCAGGCUGAAUGAUAGUGUGAGCCCCAGACGCCGAAGACCCCGUUCUCGUAGACUGCGCUCAAGAAGAAACCAGCUAUCGCCGUCUCCCUCGCCGACCCAAGCUUACCUUUCGUAUUAUGAUAUUUGUUUGACGUACGAGGAUAUCAAGGCUCUUAAGCAUGAUUGGUUGACUGAUAACAACAUCGCCUUUUGGGAGGAGUUCUUGGAGCGAGAAGUGCUUGUGAAGUACCCCCAAGCACGCAUCGUCCUCUUACGUCCAUCGAUGACCUUCCUCUUGAUGAAGAACAAAGACACCGAGAUGGUUCGUACGGCGCUGCCGGAUUUCCGAGGUAUCACCCACAUCUUCCUCCCCAUCAACGACGCGCGCAACGUCAACCAGGCCGAAGGUGGAACACAUUGGUCUUUACUCGUCGUGAGCAUCAUCGAUGGUGUGGCCUUCCAUUACGACUCGCUCGACGGCGCAAACAACAAGGAGGCAUGGGAGGCGUCUAAAAGACUGUCAAGCGUGCUUAAAAUAACCUUGCGAUUUCACUGCUUGACCGAUUCCCCACAGCAGGAGAAUGGUAGCGACUGCGGUGUUUUCGUCUGCAUUGUGAUGCGACAUCUCCUCAUUAAGCGUCUGCUGUCCGUCAAUGCCGGCGACAAGGUUUCGAUGAGCAUGGCCCAGAAAGCCAUCGAUAGUAUCGGAGCACGUAAGGAAAUGCUCAAGAUUAUCGAGAACCUGCGCAAGGAAGGCGAACGACGACGACUGACACCAAGCAACACGCCACCUCGGAUCGAAUAG